GCGCAAGGGAUCAGGGUGGGUCUGGCGCGUGCCCUGUGGUCGGUUGUUACCACCCUGGGCGCAAAGGCCCACCUUUCCCUUUCAGCACAGAUGUCAGUUUGUACUGGGGCAGAGCUGUUGUCUGGGGAGUUUGCUGGCAUCUUACAAAGAGGUCUAGGAGACUCCGAAUUUACAACUUUCUCAGACAAAUAGAUUCUCACCUUCCAGCCUGCCUCCCCAAAGCCAAGGCACCCAGUAAGACAACUUCCAACAGCCUCAGCAGCAUCCAGAUCCUCCUUGAGAGCAAAGUGCAUUCACACCAAGUCAAGAUGGCAUACAAUUCAGGACUUACCUUCAGAAUGAUGAAAGGACGGAGAGGAUAACAGAUCCUGCAGCACAACUGGAAGUUCUGAAUUUUUCACAUCUAAUUCGGAAGCUAAAUCAGCCACAAAAAUGAAACGGGCAAAGCAUCCAUCAACCAUUAGUAAGAAAUUGACAAGUGUUCCAGAAUUCCCUUUUAAAAAAGGACUACUGAAUUUAUCACCUAAGCCAAAAGAAAAGUGUAAUACCAAGUCAACACCUGAUAAAAAUGAAGCAAUGGUCCUGAGGUCUCCACCCACUGGGGAGUCAAUUGUACGGUUUGCCUUGCCAAUACCGUUGAGUAAGACAAAGCAGUUAAUAUCAAAUGAUGAAAUGAUCAGGAGAAUUACCACAAACCUGAAGAUGGUUGUUUCUACCUUGGAAAACACCUAUGGAAAUCUCAAUGAAGACAGAGAAAGAGGAGCAGUAAAACCUGAAGCACAAGGCUUGUCU